AUGAAAAGACAUUAUCAUUAUAAAUUAGAAUUUGAAACAGAUUGCAGUAAGUAAACAAUCAUUCAGUAGAUCGCUCUAAAUAACCAAUUUAAUGCAUCAAAAAAUUUAAUUAAGUAAGUGAGUGGAAUGUCUAUUUUUCGCAAUUUAAGAGUUUUAAAUCUAUCCCAUAAUCAAAUUCAAAAGAUUAAUUCAUUUAAAUGUUUCAGGUAAUCCUUGUUCAGAAAAGGCUAUUUCAAUUGCAAUUAAAUUUCCAACAAUUAGAUUCAUCAAUAACUUAGCAGCUGAGAAAGUUUUGGAAUAUCACAAAUCAAAAAUUCCUUAAAAAAAUCAUAAAGAAAACAGAAAAAGUUAAAAAAAAGAUUGCUUAACCAGUUGUUUCAUAUGAUUUGGAGCAAUAAUAAGAAUAAGAAUCUGUGAUAGUUAAAAAACAAAAAGGAGUUCGAUUGUGA